GACGGCAAUCUGGCAGCAAUUGCUGGUGGUGGUCCAUGUUGAUACUGUCCUAUGGUAAUCCUGGGAGGUUGAGGACACCCCUUCCUGGGGAGGGGGUGCUGUAGGAAGCAGAGAUGAUGGUGGUGGUGGUGUGAAUGGAAGGAUUGAUUUUGCUCCUGAUGAUGUAGUUGUCAAUUGUGCCAGGGAGGGACAAGGGGUUAACAAAAAUAGGUACAACAGAGGAGAGUUCUGGAGGAGGAGGAGGAGAGUCUGGGGGGGGAAUGCUGGGUUGUCUUGGGCAAUUGUCGUCAUGAUUUGGAAUCCCAUUGGACAGCGGCGGCAGGAAGGAAGUGAUGCGGCGUUAACAACAACGACCACAGGGCGGCGACCUCCCGAUCAACGGGGACCAUCUUUGUCGCCGCCCAGAGGGAGAGGAGAUGAGAGAAUUUCGAUGAGGGCCCCAUCUCCUCCUCCUCCGCCGCUGGCGCCGCCGCCGCUGCCGCAGGCGGCGGCCAUGGUGGGAAGUGCUCCUGCCCCUGAUGGGCUUGCCGGAGGAGGAAGGAGGUUGAUUGGAUCUGUAACUGACUUUCUUCGGCCGUGUGGCGUCAGACUGUACAGGUUUGCCCUCAUCUGUGCACCGGCUGAUUGGGCCCGUCGAUGGCUCCAUCGACGGUACUGGUCCCAUGUCUCUGAUUCCGAUCUGGACUUUGCAGACUUUGGCGAGCGAGCAGCAUGGCUUACAGGGAGCGCUCGGCGGGAAUUCGAGAUAGGGCCACGAGUUGACUUCCGUCCUCCCUCUGCCGGUGGGAAACUACUUUGUGCGUUUCGCAAACUCGUCCUCGAUGUGUGCGAUUACCUGGACUGGGCGGUGGCCAUGAUCUUCAUCGUCUUGCUGGCUACCUAUGGCCAUGUAGCGGCUGAAUCGCAGACUGUCUUCUGGCUGGCCUGGGGAGCUCUGAUGCAGGCUUUAAUGUCCAUAAUCGCCACAAAUUUUGCAAUUGGUGGGGGUGUUGGUGCAGGGCGCCGUGCCAAUGUGGCACUCGAGGGAGACGUGCCUUGUAGCUUCUGGCUUGCCAACCCUCCCCGUGAGGGCAUUACUGUUGGGAUCUGGGUUCACUUUCCCAUGCUCCUCGUCCAAGACGGAUGGCAGAUUCUGCAACACGUUGCCAAAUUCUCUCUUGGGAUUGCUAUCAUCCUCGUCAGUCCGUACGAUGACUACGAUGAUCGUGCAGCGGUCGUUGAAGAAAUCUAUGCACCACAAGUGGCAGAAAAUGACUGGAGGAAACUUCGAGACACCCUGUAUGUUGGGGCCAUCACCAUGAUUUGCCAGCUCAGCGGAGCGUUGAUUAGGGCCUUCAUGCAUUUCAUUGACGAACAUAAUCCGGGUCUCAAGGCAUGGAUGUGGCAUUACCAGCGGCAUGCGAAGCUGUCCACUUGCACGGCCUUUGAGUCGGAUGGCUGCGGUCUGCCGUCGCAUUGGUUCAUGAGCGUCAACAGCGUCAAGUUGUCGAUGGCGUGGGGUUUGAAUCGGAUCCAUCAGUGGAGGAUAUGGCGGCGAAAGCAGCAGCAGCAGUUGUGGUCAUCAGGCAGAAACAUUCUCUUCGGCGCAGCGAGGGUGUCGGCAGCGGCAGAGCUGGACUUAGGCGGGGCGAGUGAAGUGUCUGAGUGCAUAGUAAGAAAGUACCUGAGGAUGUCCAUGGACGGGCUGAAAAGGGCAGCGACCUACGAGGGUGGGAGAAUGGAAAUACUCACGGACAAUGGCUUCGAUCUCAUCCUCUUCGCUGCAAAACCCGGAAACGAUCCAGAAGUGCGUGUCAUGGCGGCAUCGAUCAUCGACUCCUUCUUCAUUAGCCUUGCAAGGCAGGCAUACACAGAAGGAAAGGUGAGCUUGUGGGCCAUGGUCAAGAUCCCAGCCAAGCGAAGGAGAAGAGGAGGAGGAGGAGGAGGAGGUUUGUCUGGUGGAUUUGCAGACGGAAGACAACUGAGGCCAAACUUACCAUGGAGAGCGGUUCCAGAAGACAGUACGAUUUCCCAACAGCUGAUGGAUCCGAUCUUCCUCGACGAUGAGAUGGGCAAUCUGACAGCUUAUUACCUCCGAGCAGUGGCCAUCUUCCUUGUCGAUAUGCUUCAGUCCAGUCAGUCUUCGGCAGAAGAGAAGGAGGUGGCGGCCCGAGCUCUCAUGUCACUCGUCAUUGCGGCAAGUUCCAGCGUGUCGCACACCUACGGGUCUCGCCCCAGACACAGAGUGCUGACUGUCCUCCCCAGAUGGAUGCGCUCCACCCCCGUGGAGGAGUACGAGCUUACCACACAAUUGUUUGGCAAAGUGCGCAAGCAUCGCCGUCGGCAGUUGAUUUUUGACCCUGAUGCUGCUGCUGCGGCGGCCGGCGGAGGUGCGAUAGGAGAUCCUCACCCCCGCAAACGAAGGUCGUCGUCGAUGAGCGCCGCGCCAUCGGUACAGGAUGAACGGAUGGUUCCUGAUCGACAGACCCGACGUUUGUCGUUUUCCGAGAGGCGUUCGCCAGUCGCAGACGAUGGCGAGGGGUCAAUGGUGGCAGCAACAGCAGGGGCGGGGAGAUCCAUGCAGCAAACAGGAUCUGUUGUCAUUAAUGUGGAUGAAACAGCAGGAGCAAGAGCAGCAACGGGAGGAGGAGGAGGAGAACCAGGCACAGCAAUGGCCAAUGCAGAAGCAGGAGGAGGGGUAGUUGGGGGGAUCCUUGGAAUGGUGAUGUCAUUUGCACGCAUACCGUCGUCAAUCUCUCUUCCGCAUGCGACAACUAGGAGGGAUAACAGCAGUGUGAACGGGGUCGAGAUUGUCCCUGAUGUGGAGGAGCAAGCUGAUGGGCACGACGGAGGUGUUCUCCGUUCAUCGACGGUGCGCAACGUCAAUAUUUUGGCCCCGGUGCAACAAGGUGGCGGGGUGUCUGUUCGAUCAGCAAACACUCGCAUGGCGGCAGGGGCUGGGGCAGUCGGCACGAGUGGUAGCAGAAGCUCGCCCCCCCCGGCACCUCCUCGCAGCAGGUCCAGGACUCCUCUUGCCCCUGCGCCGCGACGACGCGCUCCUUACGCCGAGACAUGGCCGUGGCUGUCCAUUGUUUCGGCCAUGACGGAGGAGAUGUUCGCAGGCUAUGGCGAUCCCCUGAGUGAGGAAGACCAAGAGCAAACAUGGCCAUCGGCCUCCCGGCACGAGUUGCGACGAGAAGGGUUCCGCAUCUCGAGUCUGAAGGCAUUGAUGAAUGCCUCGGAGAAGGAGAGUAACUCCGUCGAGUGCCGCGUGUAUGCACUGAGUGUGCUGAAUGAACUCUGCGCAGAUGAUAUCUGCUGCGAACUGUUCCUUGGCAAGCUCAAGGGAAUGCGUAUGCUUACCCGCAUCGUUGAUCCGAUGCCUGACAUCCUGAUGAAUGUGAACAACAGGGUGCUGGACAGCCACAGCUACGAGCGGGAGAUCAACGCGCUGAAGCUCAGAGUGGUGCCCAUGCGUGUCAGGAUGGCGGUCGUUUUCCUUUGUCUGAAUGUGGACGAGGAGUCAAAGAUCCUCUCCCAACAGGAUAUAGAUACGGCAGAGAGAUUUGCAUUCAUCAUGGUUACCCUAUCGGAGGGCUUCUUUAGGUCGAUCCCUUCGGCAGGCAUGUACCUGCGAGUGCUAGACGAGCUGCAUGACGCCAUAAUUCGAGUGCGGCGACUGCCACAGUUGUUUCUCUCUCGCUUCGACCACUGGCAGUCAAAUCCUGUCUUCGAUUUGAUGGAGCAGCUGCAAGUGAUAACAGUGCACAUGAACUUCGCCAGGAUCCUGCACCACCUUCUGCAGGCAUUCGCUGCUGACCGGCCAGCAGCUGCAGGCUUUGGAUCGAACCCCAUCGCUGAGCACCACAGGUGGGAGAUGAAGUACAGGAAGGAACUCGAUAUGCAUCAAAGGAUGUGGAUCAGGCUGGCCAUAGCCCGGCGCAAGAUCAUCAGGCUAAUCUUGUGGUUCUCAUCCAACUUCUCUCAUUACUUUUCCCGUGAUGCCAAUUACGACAUGUUCUUCGACUUCACCACCUUGGAGAUCCUCCACGCCCACAAUCAUGACAGGGGGCUCUUGCGAACUUCAAAUCUUGCGCCAGCACAUGGCGCCUCCACCACGACUGCUAUUUCUGCCUCACUUCUUUCAACGCAGCAGCAGCAACAACAACAACAGCAAGGGCACAGAAGCAGUAGCAGUCUUUUUGCUCUUAGGAUGCAUUCUCAUUUGGUGGCUUCCAAUGAUGUUCUCCAGCAGCAGCAGCAGCAGCAACGGCAACGGACAAGUAAUCGAGUAGUUGGGUGUGUGAGUAGCAACGCCACACCCAUGCAACGCUUUCUGAACGACAGCUUCAAUCUGUGGAAACGCGAUCUAAAUGAAGGAAGAUUGCACAGAGAUGAUUUGAAGGAGAUGUCAAGAAUGUCCGUGAACUUGUGGCUGGCGUGGCGCAAGCUCUACACUCUGCAGUCACACACUCCGAAGACCUUUGAAGACUACCUUAAUGAGCCCCUCCUCAUCAGCUCUUUGUUGUACUUGGCUUCCACUGACGAUCGAGAUUGGGAUCGUUUCCUUCUUGCACAAGACCGAUUGUAUAUCGUGAUUGACUCACUUGUGCUCGUGCUUCUCGAUGUUGAAUGCGCAGAGUCUCUGGCUUCCAUCCCCGGAACAGAAAGGCGCAGAAGGGCAGAAGCAACAGUGGCAGGAGGCGACAGGAACAUCAUCAGGCAGAGCGGUGUGGCGGGGGCUGGUGCAGAUCGAGGAGAUAUCGAGGAGGAAGAUAGCUUGUGGCAUCCAUCAUCCACAUGGAGUAGAGAGGACUGGGCAAGACCGUUCAUGAUGAUGGAGAUGGCUGACAAGGAUGAUGGGAGGGUGGCGAUCAGUCUGCUGCUGAAUGAAGAGCGGGAGGAUGCCACUCGGGCAACACGAGCUCGCAAAGACAUCCAGAAGAAAGCCGCCGCAACGCUCAUCAAACUCUGUCACUUGCAUGAGCACGUACGCCAAUGCGUUGCCUCCAGCUUCAAUUUGCGAUCCCAUGUGGAAAUCCUCCGUGCUCUAAACCUCGCUGAGACAGAAGACCUAGCCCACAUCAUCCUGAGUCCCGAUCCAAUCCGAUAAGUGGAUCGGCAAAUGCUCUCUGUUGAAUAUUGGUGAUAGGUGUGCUUAUUCUCAGAUGGAGGAGCAGAAAAACACCCGCGAAUCCCAUGCUGAUCGAUAGAAUAUGUAGAACAGAUUGAGUGACGAUACAGCAGGAGGGACAUAAAUUUUGCUGAGCAGAACAAGAUAAAUAGGUAGGAUAGAU